AUGCAUUCAGAACAGGAUUUCUGGAACGAGGAAGACAGUCAGCAUGAUCUUCGAGGGAAUGUCACAGCCAGUGUACAAUUUGUCUUACUCAUCAUCGUUCUGUUCCUCAGUUUGAUGGAAAAUCUCUUCCUGUUUCUUGUCUCGUUUAGUUCCGUGCAUCGAUGGUGUCGUGGUCGUUAUGUGAAAAGACAAUAUUUGGAUGGGGGCAAUUCCUCGGUGUUUCCCGGCAAAUAUCCAUUACGCAAAGGGGGAACCGUAAGCGAGCGGGUCCCACCACGGAUGCGUAACGUGAGUGAGCAUUAUGAAUCGGACGGACUGUUUGGCAACGCUGAUCAGAAAAGCCCUACACCACCGUACGGACAUUCCUCUGACCUUGAUGGUGACUGUCGUUCAACGACAACCAGUUAUUCCUCAGAACGCAUCGGAAACAUUACACGCUUCUACUUUGGGAAUUUAUGCUUUGCUAACCUUCUACUUGGAUUGCUGGCUAUGCCAUUCAGUAUUGCUGCCUGUAUAGGAACAACAAGUAGACCAGUCGGUUUACAAAACGAUCACAACAUCACGUGGUUUUCGGGCAAAACAGAACAUCACGAUAACAUAAUGCUGAAAUACCCUCUGGUUAUUAGUAACGGAAUGUGUGCAUUUAUUGAGUCUGUGGUUUGUGGUAUACUGAUUACCACAGUUUACAGUCUGGUUCAACUAACCGCUGAUCGGCUUCUGGCUAUUUUGACCCCACUUCAAUACCCCCGAAUAGUAACACGUCGACGAGCCCUGAUCAGUAUUGGUAUAGUCUGGAUUGCAUCGGGAAUGUUCGUCACGAUUACUCAUUUACUUGCCUUGAUUCCGAGCUCAAAACCGGAUCAUAAGCUGUCAACCAAUGCCUAUUCGCAAACCGAUAUAUAUCGCUGUUUUAUUCUCGGUCAACACGAUGAAGUAAAGCACUGGAGAAUGUCGAUCACCUACUUCAUUCUGGUAUUUUUAAUCCCAUUCAUAUUUAUUGCAAUGGCUUAUGUUAAAAUUUAUAUCACUGUUCGACGAUGUUUGAAGCAAUUAAAUGGUGAAAUACACCUAAAAACAAAUCCUACUGCUCAGUCGUGCCUCUUGAGUUCACAGCCGAACGACAACAACAAUAAUAACAGCAAUAUCGUCCUUCAGCAACGUGAUCCAAACAAAGACCGAAUCAAUAAAGAUAACCAAGGUAAGAUAAAUCGCACCGUAGCACAAAAGCUCGUCAUGUCAGAUACAUAUACAACGGAGCAGUGCACCGGAGAUUUAUACAGCCAACAGCAACAGCAAUCUCAAGACAAUUGUUCCACUCUCAGACAUCAUCGUGGACAUAAAAUGCAAACCAAAGCGGCUAAAACCGCCUGUCUGCUUGUUUCAACAUUUUUCUCACUCACAGCCCCGUAUUUCAUAUUUUCCGCUGUUGAACCAUUUAUAACAAUCACACCCACGGUCAUGUCACAGGAAACCCAGGAUGAACUGUUUGAGACCAUUUCGUCUGUGAUUGUGUGGUUGUUGUAUGUGAAUUCAGUGCUAACUCCGGGGUUGUACGCACUGCGUGACGGUGUUUUGCGUCGACGAAUAACGAGCAUUUGGAAAAUUCCUGGCAAACGCCAAACGUCCAGAGCUCCACGCUCUUUCAUUGAAUAA